UCCCGUAAUACUGUUUAUCUCGCGGAUAUUUUCUAUUAAGCUUAAAAAAUUUCAACAAAAAUCGCAUUAACUGACUAAGCAAAUGCAAAAACAAACAAAUUAAAAAAAAAUUUAAACAAGUUAAGGAAAAAAAUUUAAGAAAAAAGAAGACAACAUUUGCCAGAUAAGAGCAAAUAAAAUGGCUUCUCAAGUUAUGCGAAAAGUUAGCAUUGUUGGUUCUGGAAACUGGGGGUCUGCUAUUGCAAAAAUAAUUGGAAAUAAUGUAUUGAAAUCAACUCAUUUUGAACAACGAGUAAAUAUGUACGUUUAUGAGGAGAUGGUUGGUGACAGGAAGUUGUCAGAUGUCAUAAACACAGAUCAUGAAAAUAUUAAAUAUCUUCCUGGUAUAAAACUUCCUCCAAACAUUGUUGCAGUUCCAAGUUUGGUUGACGCUUGUUUUGGUGCAGAUGUUUUGGUUUUUGUUGUCCCACACCAGUUUGUUGUACCUGUCUGUAAUCAGUUGAAAACCAUUAUUAAGCCUGGUGCUGUUGGUAUUUCACUUAUAAAGGGUUUAAACCAAUCAUCCACAAAACUAGAAUGUGCCUCUAAUCUUAUUGCAAGUAUACUUGGUAUUGAAUGUGGUGCAUUGAUGGGAGCAAAUAUUGCACAAGAAGUUGCAAAGGAAGAAUUUUGUGAAUCAACAGUUGGCUAUAGUGACUCUGAAAAGUGGUGGAUGUGGAAAGCUCUUUUUCAUUGCUCUUAUUUUAAGGUUAAUUGUGUAGACGAUGUAAAUACAGUGGAGAUUUGUGGUUCUCUUAAGAAUGCUGUUGCUAUGGCUGCGGGUUUUGUUGAUGCUUUAGAUUUUGGCGAUAACACAAAAGCAGCAAUUAUACGACUUGGGUUACUAGAAAUGCAAAAUUUUUGUAAAAUAUAUUCUGAAGGUGGUCAUGCAAGCACAUUAUUUGAAUCUUGUGGUGUUGCUGAUCUUAUAACAACCUGUUAUGGUGGCAGAAAUAGAAAAGUAGCUGAAGCUUUUGCAAGAACUGGAAAAUCUUUUGAAACGUUGGAAAAAGAGAUGUUAAAUGGACAAAAAUUGCAAGGUCCGCAUACUGCUCUGAUAGCAUACAAUUUUCUUCGAGAAAGAAACUUACAUGAAAAUUUUCCAGUAUUCAGUUCUGUCUAUCGUAUAUGCUAUGAAAACAAACCACCGUCGUUUUUAAUUGAUACGCUAAAAGAACGCUUUUAGCAACUGCUUUAUAUUUUAAAUUUUUCAUAUGUACAUGUUUUUGUUUUGUUUAUCUCAACAUUAUUUAAUGCGUGUUUCUUAGACCAUAUUUUAUUAAUUAUUAAUAACACUAAUUUAUUACUAAUUAUUAUAUGGAGUUUUAUCUUUUUUUAAAUUUAUUUUGUUGAUUUAUUUAACUUUUUAAAAAAAAGUGCUAGUUUUUUCAAAGCGAUGGAAAAGUGCAAAAUUCCAAAACAAAUUCGCUUCUAUAACAAUGACACAUUUUGAUCAUAUAAAGUUUGUGUUUUGCAUCUUUGAUAAUUUUUAACUCUUUUGAACAUAACUAGAAAAACUAACAGACAAUUUUCUAAUUCGAUUGCGCAAGUACUUUUUAUCAGCUUGAAAAAGAAGCCAGUAAGGGAAAAAAUGUCGAAAUUCGAAAUUAUGAAGCUAAAUUCAUAAUUUCGCUCCUAAAGAUGUCUUAUUCUAACUCAAAAAUUAAAGCAAGAGUUGGAAAAAGAUGAAAGAGUAUUGCUCUUUAUUUGUGGUUGUUUUAUAAUUGUCCUUACUAACCCCUUUUUAUGUUUCAAAAAUAGUUGCGCAAUCGAAUGAUGAAGAAUGAAAGAGAAAUGGUAUUCCCUAUUAGUUAACAAGUCCAGAUAAUUUUAUUUAAAAAAAACAACCUUAACUGUGUUUACUUAGUAGAGGUUAACAACUAUGUAUAUCCGUAAAAAUCAUAUAAUAACACUAUGUAA